AUGGCGGGUCCCUUACGGCGAGGCCGUCUCUGGAUUGGUGUGGCCUUCAUCUGGAUCUUGUGCUUUUGGUACUGGUCAAAUUCGGACUCUGGCUUCAAGUUGUUUGGUGAUGGAGAUCCUCUUGCUGGAAAGGGCGCCACAGCUUGGACGCGAAGAUUACCUAAAUAUCCCAUUCCCAAGGAGAAACUAGCUGCCUUGCCAAAGAUCACCGGAGAUGUCAAGGUCCCCAAGAUUCAGGCUGCUGCUCCGGUCGAGAGCGCCGCAGCCAAGGAGCUACGACUGUCGCGAUUGGCGGCAGUCAAGAAGAGCUUCGAGCACAGCUGGAGCGGCUAUUCCAACUAUGCCUGGAUGCACGACGAGGUGACCCCGUUGACUGGCAAGUCCAAGGACCCCCUUGGCGGUUGGGCUGCCACUCUGGUCGAUGCCCUCGAUACCCUUUGGAUCAUGGACAUGAAGGACGAGUUCACAAAGGCUGUUGCCGCCGCAGACGGCAUUGAUUUCACCAGGAGUCCCAUGACAACUAUCAACAUUUUCGAGACCAACAUUCGCUAUCUUGGUGGAUUCCUGUCUGCAUAUGAAUUGAGCGGAAGAGCUCAUCCUAUCCUCUUGAAGAAGGCUAUUGAACUGGGAGACCUGCUCAUGUGCGCUUUUGAUACACCGAACCAUAUGCCAGUUACUCGAUGGGAAUGGAAGAAAUCUGCUUACGGCCAAGCUCAGUCUCCCUCGCGGGAGGCUCUUGUUUCUGAACUGGGUUCCUUGAGUCUCGAGCUCACUAAACUAUCUCAGUUAACCGGCAACCCGAGAUUUUAUGACGCUGUCAAGAGAAUUGGAGAUCAGUUUGAAUCUACACAACUCAACACCCGUCUUCCUGGCAUGUGGCCGGUAGUCGUUGAUGCUUAUACGCCAGCCUUCCAUGCUGGUUCAGACUUCACCCUUGGUGGUAUGUCUGACUCCCUGUAUGAGUAUCUUCCCAAGUGGUAUCUUCUGCUCGGCGGCCAACUCGAGCAACCACGCCGACUAUACGAAAACUUCAUUCCCGUUGCCAUCAAGCACCUUUUCAAGCGAGCAUUGACGCCUUCGGACAAGCCGGUCCUCAUCUCUGGAGACUACCAAGUAACCGAUUUGCCAGGCGAACAACCCAAGUACACCUAUGUUGCACGAGGCCAGCAUCUGACCUGCUUCGCUGGCGGUAUGGUAGCAAUGGGCAGCAAGAUUUUCAACCGCCCCGCGGAUCUCGAGAUCGCUUCCCAACUCACGGAUGGAUGUAUUUGGGCUUAUCAGGCUACGCAGACGGGACUUGGACCUGAGAUCUUCAACUUCAUCUCAUGUGGCGGCGUCGAUGCUAAGGACUCGAGCGAUUGUACCUGGAACGAGGACCGGUGGCUCAAGGCUAUCGAAGAGCAACACGCUCCUGAUUUCAGGGUGCCGCCGUUGAGAGGAUCAGACUGGAAGAAGCCCACAGUUCAAGAUGUGGUCAAGAAGCACAACCUCCCCAAAGGUAUGAUCGACGUAAGCGAUGGACGAUAUAUUCUCCGGCCCGAGGCUAUUGAGUCCAUCUUCAUCAUGUAUCGCGUCACAGGAGAUGCGCAAUGGAUGGAAAAGGCGUGGACUAUGUUCGAGACGAUCGAGAAGGUGACACGAACUGAGAUUGCGGCUUCAGCGAUAGACGAUGUCACCAAAGCAGAGCCUACAAAGAUGGACAGUAUGGAGAGUUUCUGGUUGGCAGAGACUCUCAAGUACUUUUAUCUCAUCUUCAGCGAAUUUGAUGUUAUCAGCUUGGAUGAGUGGGUGCUGAACACGGAAGCACACCCUCUAAGUCGUCCAGAUGUAAAUACGUACUGUCAAGCAAAUCUACUAUACCUAGUCAAGCAGUUUAUUCGAAAUGUGCGUGCGGCCAAGACGAUCGCCGACGAGCGAGCCGUCAUUCAAAAAGAGAGCGCUGCCAUCCGCGCCAGCUUUCGAGAGGAAAGCCAUGAUCCCAACAUUCGUCGCAACAAUGUCGCAAAGUUACUCUACUUGUUCACCCUUGGAGAGCGAACCCAUUUUGGACAGAUCGAAUGCUUGAAGCUCCUCGCCUCCCCUCGAUUCGCCGAUAAACGUCUGGGACACCUGGCUACAAGUUUGUUGUUGGAUGAGAAUCAAGAAGUAUUGACAUUGGUCACCAACUCGCUCAAGAAGUACACUUCUCCUGAGGCCCUCCGAAUCAAACAUCUGGUUGCUGACUUUGGAAACAUCGCCUCGAUUGAGAUGUCACGAGAUCUCUUCCCUGAGAUCGAGACCCUCGUAGCCACAGCCAACCCCUAUAUUCGAAGAAAGGCGGCUCUGUGUGCAAUGCGCAUAUGUCGAAAGGUUCCAGACUUGCAAGAGCACUUCAUUGACAAGGCCACACAGCUUCUGUCCGACAGAAACCACGGCGUCUUGCUCUGCGGUCUUACUCUGGUGACAAGCCUGUGCGAGGCAGACGAGGAGGAGGGCGGAGAAGAAGGAAUUGUUGAAAAGUUCAGGUCUUUUGUCCCGGGGCUUGUUAGAACUCUGAAAGGGCUCGCUACUUCAGGUUACGCACCCGAACACGACGUUACUGGUAUUACCGACCCCUUCCUGCAGGUCAAGAUCCUUCACCUGCUGCGAGUCCUGGCUGUGGGUGAUGCGGAGACCAGCGAGCAGAUCAACGAUAUCCUUGCCCAGGUUGCUACCAACACCGAAUCAUCCAAGAAUGUUGGGAAUUCCAUCCUGUACGAAGCUGUGCGCACGAUUCUCGACAUCGAGGCCGAUUCUGGAUUAAGGGUGCUCGGUGUCAACAUUCUGGGCAAGUUCCUCACCAACCGUGAUAACAACAUCCGAUACGUGGCUCUCAACACCCUGAUUAAGGUUGUCGCCAUCGAGCCCAAUGCUGUGCAGAGGCAUCGAAACACCAUCCUGGAAUGUUUGAGAGAUCCUGAUAUCAGUAUUCGCCGCCGAGCUCUCGACCUGAGCUUUACCUUGAUUAAUGAGAGCAAUGUUCGAGUGUUGAUUCGGGAGCUUCUUGCCUUCUUGGAGGUUGCCGAUAACGAGUUUAAGCCAACAAUGACCAGCCAGAUAGGUAUCGCCGCUGACAAGUUUGCGCCUAACAAACGAUGGCACUUCGAUACAAUGCUUCGAGUUUUGUCUCUUGCCGGUAACUACGUCAAGGAGCAGAUCCUAUCAUCAUUUGUUCGCCUCGUCGCUACUACCCCUGAGCUACAGACGUAUGCGGUUCAAAAACUCUAUAUCAACCUCAAGAAAGAUAUUACUCAAGAGAGUCUGACGCAAGCUGGUGCUUGGUGCAUCGGCGAAUAUGCAGACGCUUUGCUCAAGGGUGGACAAUAUGAGGAAGAGGAGCUUGUCCAGGAGGUUAAGGAGCAUGAGGUUGUCGACCUGUUCUCUUUGAUUCUUAACAGUGCAUACGCCACACAAGUGUCCACAGAGUACAUUGUGACAGCCUUGAUGAAGUUAACAACCCGCUUCUCUGACCCAGCUCAGAUCGAGAAGAUCCGAAGGAUCCUGCAAUAUCAUCAGACCAGCCUCGAUAUCGAGAUUCAGCAGCGAGUCGUUGAAUAUGGCAACCUUUUCAGCUUCGAUCAGGUCCGACGUGGAGUGCUCGAGAAGAUGCCUAUUCCUCAGAUCAGGGAGGAGUCCCGUGUUCUUGGACAAGCUCCUACAAAGAAGAAGGCCGCCAACAGGAAGUCAAGAGUCAUCAAGCCAACAGAACAAGACCUCCUGGAUAUUAUGGACGCGCCUGCUGCGUCACCAGCUGCUCCUUCAACGACCAACACUGAUCUCCUCGCCGAUAUCUUAGGUGGUACCUCUUCUCCUCCUCCAUCUGCCUCCUCGCCGCCUCCUCAGCAAUCCAAUGUAUCGAAUAUCAUGGAUCUAUUUGGCUCUGCCCCUGUGCCAACUACAGCCUCCCCUGCCCCACCUUCAUCGAACCUCGAUCUCAUGUCUCCCGUGUCGUCAGCACCUCAGCCUCAGCCACCUGCUGGUAUUCCCUGCUAUAACGCGAAUGACCUUAAUGUGACAUUCCAGAUCCAACGUAACGCGGAGGGUAUGAUUCAAGCCACCGCAAAGUUCGUCAAUACUUCUAGUUCAGCGGAUCUGUCCAAUGUAUCUCUACAAGCUGCCGUUCCCAAGUCUCAGAAGCUGCAACUGCUGAGCAUCUCUUCAUCGGACCUCGGACCUGGAGCUGAAGCCAGCCAGAUGAUGCGAGUGUCCGGAUGCAAGGGGCCUCUGCGUCUGCGCUUGAGGAUUGGAUAUACGCACCCAACGGCUGGACAGGUCAUGGAUCAAGUCAACUGGACAGAGUCGAAUGCUGACGAUAUCGAGUUUUCUGCCGGUCAAUGGCUCGAUACAUACAUCCCAGGGAACCCCAAACCAGGCGGCUUCACACUCACAUCUACACCUCGCGCAGCUGCCGAUCCCAAGUCUCCCUACCUGGAGUUAGCAGUACAAGAAUCUCCAGAGAACCCGCCUGCGGCAUGGCUCUGGCAGUCACCAUCCGAUAUCACUGGUUCCAAGCUACAGGUGCGUGUUGGAGGAAGCUUUGUCUUCCCACCAUCUGAGAUACCUCUCAACGACAUAAGCCAUGAGCAUAAAUGCAAGGUGGUGUUUGUUGCGGGCGGCGUGGGGAUCAACCCCCUCGUCAGCAUGAUGGGACAUAUAGCUGAAGAGGGAUACAACCUUGAGGUCAAGGUUCUCUAUGCUAGCAAGUUACCUGCGCAGGGUCUCGAGGGUGUUCUGUUUCUGGAUAGAAUCAGAAAAUGGUUUACAGAAAAGCAGCUUAUUGGUGAUUUGAAAGUGUAUACGACAGGGACAUAUGACGGGCAAGUCGAGAGCCGUGAACUUGAUGUUCAUGAAAGGAGAUUCACAGUUGAAGAUGUGAAGGAGGCUGUGGGUGAGAGGAACAAUAGUGUGGUAUAUGUCUGCGGGCCCGCGAAGAUGACGGAUGAGAUAGUUGAUGGAUUAACAAGAGAAGGCGGGGUGGACAAGAAGAGAGUUAUGCUUGAGAAGUGGUGGUAG